CUUGUUUGAGUGUUUCCGAUCCUCUUCACUUUACACUUCCCGUAUAAUCAUUCUGUGCUUAAUAAUAUAAUAUUAUAGUCGUCCCACACUUGAAUUCAGUUAAUCAAACUAAAGACACCCUUCUGCUCUGCUGCUGCACUUUUGACAGUUAGCUAGUGUGUAUAUAUAUAAAGCUUUUAAGGUAGUUAUAGAUGAAGACAUGAGCAGAAAGACAGCCUAGACAGGGCAUUAUUAAUAUUAUUGUAUAGUUGCUGCAUAUAUAUUGAUAAAGACAACAUGAAAGAAAGCUGGAGAAAAGCAGGUGGCGCAGCGGCUUCUCCAUGUGCGGCAUGCAAGCUGCUUCGGAGGAGGUGCGCCAAAGACUGUGUUUUUGCUCCCUAUUUCCCGGCCGAUGAGCCUCACAAGUUUGCCAGUGUGCAUAAGGUCUUCGGAGCUAGCAAUGUCAACAAGCUGCUACAGGAUUUGCCUGAGCAUCAGCGAGGCGACGCCGUGAGUUCGAUGGUGUACGAGGCGAAUGCCAGGAUGAGGGAUCCGGUUUACGGUUGUGUCGGAGCUAUAUCGUCUCUGCAGCAGCAGGUUGACGUCCUCCAAACACAGCUGGCCUUUACGCAAGCUGAGGUGGUGCACAUGAGGAUGCGCCAGCCCUUCUCGUCCUCCAACUCGCCGGAAAAUGCAUCGCCGUCGUCGUCCAGGCACGCUCAUACUACUCACGGCGGCGCCGACCCUUUCGGCACCGACAUGGCGGUGGACCAAAGCAAUGCUGGGGAUUCCUUCUGGUGAUAUAUGCAUGCAUGUCUAAUCUUUACUAAUUUUUUGCUAUUGUGUGUGGUUUCUUUAUUGUAUGCACGCACGGAGAUACUCAACUAUCUUCUUUUCUUUUUUUUUUUUUUUUACUAAGAUAUCCGUAUCUCGCGGGAUGCGACUGAUUUAGUCUAAUCCUGAGGCAGA